UGAAAAACGGAGGCAAGGCUGUCCACGCGAGAGAGGCCACAAUCCUUCCGCUUACAGGGCUCACUCAAACAGUUGAAGACUGCAGUAUUCACUCUGUGGCUCUGUGACUCAUUGUUGCCUAGCACUAUUCCAGUCACAUUGCGGCGACUUGGUCAAGUCUCAUUGAGGAGUCGAGGGUCCCUGCCAUGAUAUAAUUCAGCCAGGUUGUGCUUUCUAUUCACGGUUGGCUUAACUUUCAACCUGUCGUUCUUUCAACCAAAGUACAUCUCAAAGCAGAAAAAGCAUCGUUGGUAUUGCACUGUCCUUUACUCGCACUGGCCUUCCAUUCGUGCUCAAUCAGAUCCGGCUCCAACAUGUCUCAGGAUCCGCAUGAAGUGGCGGAACUCGUGAAAACCCUCGAAGCCAACAAAGGAAAAGGCAGAGGGGGCCGCAAGGGGUUCUCUUGCAAGAAGACCACUUUUGCGGUCGAAGGCUCAGACGCCACCGUCGACUCGUGGCGCUUCAACGACUGGGAUUACAAACGAGAUGACCUGCCAACCUAUGCCCGAGGCCUAUUUACGACUAAGAGAUCUGAUGGCACGCCAGAAAUCGCCAUUCGAGGAUAUGACAAAUUCUUCAAUGUUGACGAAGUCCCGAGCACAAAGUGGGAGAACAUUGAAAAUGACACUACCGGCCCAUAUGAGCUCAGCGUCAAGGAGAAUGGCUGCAUCAUCUUCAUGUCGGGUCUUGAGGAUGGUACACUUCUUGUCUGCAGCAAGCACUCAACAGGUGCACGUUCAGACGUCGCCCAGAGUCAUGCAGUGGUCGGGGAAAAGUGGGUUAAAAAGCACUUGGAAAGUGUGGGCAAGACGACUCGUGAGUUGGCACUGGCACUGAGAAAGAUGAAUGUCACAGCUGUCGCUGAGUUGUGCGAUGACGAGUUCGAAGAACACGUUCUCGAAUAUCCCCCUGACACCGCUGGCCUCUAUCUUCAUGGCAUCAACUUCAACCUUCCUGAUUUUGCCACUUUGUCUGGUCCCGAAGUACAUGAGUUUGCCGACACUUGGGGUUUUAAGAAAGCACAGUAUGUCAUCAUUCAGACUCUUGACGAGGUCAAACAAUUCUUGGCAAGGUGUGCCGAGACAGGUUCAUGGGAGGGAAGGGACACCGAGGGGUUCGUCGUCAGAUGCAAGUUGAGAAGCAAAGAGUCGGCACAUGCUGUGGAUUGGUUCUUCAAGUACAAAUUUGAGGAACCUUAUCUGAUGUAUCGACAAUGGCGAGAGUGCACCAAAGCCGUCAUUGCUGGCAAACCUCCGAAGAUCAGAAAGCACAAGAAAAUCACCGAAGAGUAUCUGACCUACGCACGACGCCAGCUGGCCAAGGAUCCUGCAAUCGGCAAACUCUAUAACCAAAAUCAUGGCAUAAUCAAGAUGAGGGACGGAUUCCUUGCCAAUAUAGGACAGAAGGGUUCUGACAUUAUUGCACUCGAGAAGGCGCAAGGAGUCGACACGAGCGGGCAGGGGCAAAUCUCACAUGUUGUGUUGGUUCCUAUUGCAACUAUCGGUUGCGGUAAGACCACCGUGGCGACUGCGUUGGUCAAGCUCUUCAACUUUGGUCACAUCCAGAACGACAACAUUGAGGGGAGAAAAGAUCGAGCCCAGCGGUUUGCAUACGCUGUGACCAACUCCAUGGGGACCCACAGAGUAGUCAUCGCCGACCGGAAUAAUCAUCAGAAACGAGAACGAGAACAGAUCAUCAACGACGUCAGCAAAGUGCUGCCCGAGACACGAUUUGUGGCGUUGCAUUAUGUUCAUGAGCCGAAGAACCGUAUGCUUGACGACAUUCGCAGAGUUACACGUGAGAGAGUGCUGGAGCGGGGAGACAACCACCAGACUAUUCAAGCUGGAAGCAAAAGCCCAGAUGAAAUCAUCUCAAUUAUGGAGGGCUUCUUGCAGCGAUUUCAGGGGUGUGACCCAAAUUCACCACCGGACAAUGACUUUGACGAAGUGAUCGAUCUGGAUGUGUCUGCAUCGUCGCUGGAGAACUUGGAGACUGUCAUUACUCACUUGUACAAUUCGUACCCAGGCCUGCUUCCAGAAGAGAUGCCUGGCGACAAAGAGAUGCAAGAAGCCAUUGAAUUUGCCAUGCAGCAUGAAGUCACCACCAAGCAUGAUCUUUCCUUCAACAACAGGCCAGGAAAUCAGGGAAAGAACCAGAAGAAUGCGCAGCAGAAUGGUCCCGUACAGGGAAAGUCAUUAACGCCAGACCAGUUGAUGGGCAAGCUCGAGUACUUCAGUGUCCCUGUCUCUCCCACUCAAAUCAAUUCCCUCCUGGGGAAGAUGUUCGACUCGGCCCCUGCCGACGAGGCACGCACGUAUCGGAUGCUGAAGCAGUCACGUCGAAUCCAAGGCGAGUUCCAUGUGACGUUGAUUCAUCGUGCAUCAGCGAGCCAGCGUCCAGAUAUGUGGCAGAUGUACACAGAAGCCUACAGGAACGCAAUCGCCAACAUUGAUCUCCGGGAAAAGGACAAGCUGACGCCCAGUCUUGGAAGUGCACGAGUCAAGCUGGAGAGGGUGGUCUGGGAUGAUCGCAUCAUGGUUUUCGUUGUGCGCAUCUAUCCCGGUGAUGGAGCUAAGACCUGGCCGACUGCCAACCCUAUUGCGCACAUCACUGUUGGCACGGCACGAGCGGAGAUCAAACCUGUUGAGAGCAAUCAGCUCCUAAGCCGCUGGGAGGGGGGCGAGGCUGAAGCAAGUCCGAUUCAUGACAAGGAGAUUCCGGGAAGUGUCAUCUUGGAGGGGAACGUGAAACCAGUCUUUCAGCGCCAUGCUCUAGGCAAGUAGGAUGAGGAAGGAAGAAUAGAAGGUAGGGUUUCCACCGCAUAAGAGAAACGACAAUGCGCAGGACUCUGUACAGUAGUACCACCUCAUGAGGACGAUGACCUUUUUCACGCCGCAUGACUACCGAAACGACGAAGUAUGUAAUAGAUACCUAUGAGCUGGGCUAAGCAAGAGCAUGGAUUCUAAAUCGAGAUGAAGGC